CCAGGACAAAAAAAACAAAUUCACCAAUAAUUCUGAUUUCCAAUCCAAUCCAACCUUGGAAGGAAGAUAAACAGACACGAGGAUUGUGACCAUCUAUCUGCUUGGGAAGAAACCACGUCAGCAAGACAUAUAGUCCAGCCCUUAUCUUUAAAACCCAUUUCUUCAUCUGUCCACAACUCCACUCCUCUCUCUCUCUUUCCCUCUACGGCGGCCGGCAGCCGGCGGCUGCGAGGCACACAAUGGACCACCUCUACCCCGACGUCAACUACUGGCUUGUCGACCACCCCACAAUAAGCCAGUUCGAGUGGAAACAAGGCUCCACUGUAGGCGCUUCCCCACUCUUCCUCACUCUCACAGUCCUCACCUAUCUCUGUCUCACUGUCCUCCUCCACAUCUCCCCAAUCCCCACCCUCCACGCCACCACUCUCCGCCUCGUCUCCGUCGUCCACAACCUCAUCCUCCUCCUCCUCUCCCUCAUCAUGGCCGUCGGUUGUUCCCUCUCCACGCUCCACCAAAUGCCCCACUACCGUUGGAUCUUCUGCUUUCCCUCCAAUCACACCCCUCCACGUGGGCCGACAUUCUUCUGGGCCCAAAUAUUCUACUUCUCGAAGAUUCUCGAAUUCGUAGACACGCUUUUGAUCAUCUUGAGCGGUAGCAAUCGACGGCUCUCAUUUCUCCACGUGUACCAUCACGUGGUGGUGGUCGUGAUGUGUUAUGUUUGGCUCUACACCUCCCAGUCACUGUUCCCCGUGGCGCUCGUUACCAACGCUUCGGUUCACGUGCUAAUGUACGCCUACUACUUAUUGUGCGCACUGGGGAAGCGUCCGUGGUGGAAGAGGUUGGUGACGGACUGUCAGAUUAUCCAGUUCGUGUUUAGCUUUGCUGUCUCGGGUUUGAUGCUGUACUACCAUUUCACCGGAUUAGGGUGCUCCGGGCUAUGGGGUUGGUGUUUCAAUGCGAUUUUCAACGGUUCGCUUUUGGCGCUUUUCGUUGACUUUCAUUUUAAGAACUAUGCCAAGAGGAGAAAGGGUGAUGAUCAAAAGGCUAAGCGGUCAUGAUUAGAUGGUUCAUGAUUUUUCUAUUGUGAGACACUCUUCCAAGUGUGAUACACUAUUACAAGAGACGAGGAGGUUCAAAUUGGCAGGUUCGGGUCUAUAAUUGCUAUUGCUUGCAAUUUUCAAAUGUACGGUUGUGAUCGGAUUACACUGCCAUCAAUUUGAUAUGCAGUUACCCUGGUUUUCAAUUUUUUUUGUUCUCUAAAUGUCUAGAUGCAAAUAUAUUUAUAAAUUAGUUAUAACUCGGAAUUACGGUAAAACAUAAAAUUUGA